CUUUCGAAAAAUGGCGCCUCCUCCUGGCCUCUUGUUUCGCAGUAGCAGAUUAUCAUUAGCCAGUGCUGGAGGUUCUGUAGGAUGCUGCGGAACACGCCCAGUACAUUAACCUCUAGUGCAGUCUGUGGUCUUUACACAUUAAUUUUAGCCAGGGACGAGGAUCUGGAAAGGAACCAUAUGUAUCCUAAGUAUGUGGCGUUGCACUGGUUGACUGCAUCAAGCCGGGGUGACUGAAGCAAGCUGGAGAAGCUGCAGCCCCUGUGGUGACCGAUGGCCGGGUCAAUCAUGAAUCCACCUUUGGCUGUGAUGGCUGUGGUGGUCCUCUCUGUCCUACUGGCAGGAGCAAGCCACGCAGCCCCUGAGAUGGACCCCUACAAAAUACUGGGAGUAACCAGGAGUGCAAGCCAGGCAGAGAUCAAGAAGGUCUACAAGCGCCUCGCUAAAGAAUGGCAUCCUGACAAAAACAAAGAUCCAGGUGCUGAGGACAUGUUUAUCAAGAUCACAAAGUCUUAUGAGAUCCUGUCCAGCGAGGACAGACGUGCCAACUAUGACCGCUACGGGCAGACUGAUGACACCCAAGCCUACAGCAGCAGCCGAUACAGACAACGCCAAGACAACUUCUACUUUGACGAGUCCUUCUUCAACUUCCCAUUCAACACGAAGAACCACAGGGACUUCACCGACAGCAAGUACACGCUGCACUUCAGCCAGUACGUCAGCGAGGUGGUGCCCGACAGCUACAGGAGGCCGUACCUGAUAAAGAUCACCUCCGACUGGUGCUUCAGCUGCAUCCACAUCGAGCCCGUGUGGAAGGAAGUGGUGCAAGAGAUGGAGGGUCUAGGCGUCGGAAUAGGUGUGGUCGACGUUGGCUACGAGAGGCGUUUAGCCAAUCACCUCGGCGCCCACCGCACCCCGUCCAUACUUGGUGUCAUCAGUGGAAAGGUGACGUUUUUCCAUUAUGCCGUAGCAAAAGAACACCUGAGGCAGUUUGUUGAAGACCUCCUCCCUCAGAGAGUUGUGGAGAGGAUCACCGACAAAAAUGAGCAGCAGUUCUUAAGCAGCUGGCAUGAGCUCAACAAGCCACAUGUGCUUCUGUUUGAUCAAGUUCCUGCCGUCCCUCUGUUGUUCAAACUGGCAGCGUUUGCUUACAAGGACUAUCUGCAGUUUGGUUAUGUGGACCAGGGCCUUGCGGAGACGGCCGAACUGCAGAAACGGUUUAACAUUAACACUUAUGCUCCGACCAUGCUGGUCUUCAAGGAGAACACGGACAAGCCUGCUGACAUUAUACAAGCUAAAGGAAUGAAGAAACAAAUCAUCGAUGAGUUCAUGUCAAACAACAAGUUCCUCCUUGCACCACGGCUCGUCAAUCAGAAGCUCUUUGAUGAGCUUUGUCCUGUCAAACAGUUUCACAGACGCAGGAAAUUCUGCGUUCUGUUGAUGACAACUGAUGAAGAGACAUAUUCCUCUGGAAACCAGGAAUUUCUCUCAUUUGCAUCUACCAACACAAGGGAUGUUGUGAGGUUUGCUUAUGUGUACCAACGGCUGCAGCAACCACUCUGUGACAUCCUCAUGCACAGUGAGGACAACUCUCAGUCAACGCCGCAGGUGGUAAUACUGGAGAGGAGAAACACAGCCGGCAAAGCUUUGUUCAAACCAGUUACGGCCUGGAACGGCAGCGAGGAGGACAAGCUGCGUCUCCUGGAAGAACUGGAACGACUUCAGAAGGACCCGUCCAUCCUCAUACACGAUGCCAUGCUACCUGAACUCAACAACGAGUUUGCUUCGAUGUUUGUAGUCCGGUGGAUCUAUGCGUCUUAUGACUACCUCUCAGAAGUUAUUGAUGAUAUUCUUCAUAACAACUGGCGUGAGAUGAUGCCUCUUCUGUCCCUCAUCUUCUCUGCUUUGUUCAUCUUGUUCGGAACUGUGGUGAUCCAGGCCUUCAGUGACUCCAGUGAAGAUAAACAGAUGAAACCAAAGGUGAAGGAUGGAAUUAAGGCAGAAAAUGGAUCUUCAGGGAGCCGACCUCCAAAAAAGAAUUUUGUGGAGGUGACAGAGCUGACCGACAUCACCUACAUCAGCAACYUGGUGAAGCUGAGGCCUGGACACAUCAAUAUAGUCCUGGUUCUCACUGAUGCCUCCAAAAAUAUCCUUCUUAGCAAGUUUGCCAAAGAGGUGUAUUCUUUCACAGGGACCCAGACGCUGCACUUCUCCUUCCUGAACCUCGACAAGCACAGCGAGUGGAUGAGCACGCUGCUGGAGUACGCACAGGACGCGGCGCAGAUCGAUGCGGACGAGGAUGACAGCGGGAGCCGUAAAACGGACUACACCGGGUUUGUGCUGGCCCUGAAYGGCCACAAAAAGUAUUUGUGUCUCUUCAAGCCGGUCUACACCGGAGAGGACCUCGACGGGAAGUCGUCUGAAGACGAAGCAGGGACGUCAGUGGGCAAGCCGAGGCCCGGUUCCCGUGACGGUCAUCCUCAACGCAAAUCCAGUCGGUCCCGCAGCACAUCCACCCUGCAGAUUCACCACAAACUGGACCGACUGGGGCUUUGGAUGGAAAGACUCAUGGAGGGCACCUUGCCUCGUUACUACGUUCCUGCCUGGCCAGGGCUUGAUAAGAUCACACCAAGUAAGUAGGUCAAAGUGGAAAGACUUCAUCUUCAACUCCUGUGACAUAGCUUCUUUUAUGCAGGAGGUUUGGCUAAAUAUGCCGUUUUCUAUUAUAGACCUUAAAUGGAGCAAAUUUCUGAUAAACAGAAUAAACAUAGGUUAAUUAACCAUUGAGGAGCUCUGUGAACGUGCUGCUGGUUUCCCCUUCGAAAAUAACCCCAAGCAACCUUUAGCAAUGUUUAUUCUUUAUUUUUGAUUCCCAAACACAACUCCUAACCCCUUAAGUUUCGCUGGUUUUUCCGUGUCUGAACCCCAGCUCCCUACUAUAAUUAAGAACAGAGAGACGGAUCAGAAACCCGGCACAGCUUGUGCCGAUCACCCUCAUCCUGCUGCUGUUCCCUGAUCCACUUUAUCAACUCUACUUCUGCAGCUGGAAAUAAUACCAUGCCCCGCCAUCACAGUCUCAUAAUACUGUGCUCUUUCUACACUUUACUCAGACAAUAAAAUGGAAUAAUAAAAUCACUGUGGCCACCUCUGCUCCUGCUGACAAUGGGUCAGCAAGUCAGAAGCUGUGCAACAUAGAUAAUCYAUUUUCAGACAGUCACAGAAAGGCUGAAGAUGGGGAAUUUAGCUUCCUGCUGCCUCGUGUCUAACCUUUGUGCUGCUGUGSUACGAAUCGCUUGUGGCUGAUUUGUUGUUGGUUUUGGAAAGUUCUCAUAAAAUCCAUGUAAUUACUUAAGCAGUUAUAAAGCUGUGUUUAAAGGGGGGAAAACUGUGAAUAAAGAUGCAUGAAACUAAUAUCUAAUGUCUUGGCCUUUUUAUGCAUCUGAAAAAUAUACACAUUUUUGGAAACAGACUAUACUGCUGUAAUAAUCUGAAGGUGCACGCUGUGGUCUUCCUUGGUCCUGUGCUCCAGCAGAAAAAGAAAACACGCUCUUGCUUUUGUUAGAUGCAAAGUGUAUUAUACCUGUGAACAUUUAACAAAUGAGUUUUUCAAAUAACCCUUCAGUUCAGUAGCCUUCUCCUGCUUAAAUCAACUUAACAGACAGUAGCUGUGUGUAGCCUUGAACCCGACAGCAUUUUUCUAAGACUUGCAUAUUUUCUAAGAGACGCUACAAUGUACUGAUACACCGUCCUCUGUCCAUGAGUGAAAGUGAAACUGUUUGAUACUUUUUUCUAAUAAUUUAAACAGAGCUUGCAAAUACUGUUUAAAUUAGUUUGCUAUUGCUUACUACAAUCAUGUUGAGUUUGUAUCUUAAAAACGGUGUCCUUUUAAACUCAUUGAAAUAUUUAUGUUAUUUAAUUCUGUGUGACAUUUAUAUGAAAACAUAUACUCCAGUAAAUUGUUCCAGGUUGUGUCACAUUCAUUUAAUGUGUUGCAUUUUAUUUGCCCAGAGCACCAAACAGGUUUGUUAAUAAAGAAAAGAAUUGUGAAUUCAUUUUGACAUCUUGAGUCUUUUCUUUGGUAUUCAUGAAGAGUCUGACUUAGCCGAUCAUUUUGGACAAGACAAUAAAAUAUAUUUCCUAUCUUUUUCUAUUGGUUUUAUUCAUAUUUGUUAAUACAACUUUACCACUGUAUCAUUUUGCUGUAAAUAUUUGCUGAUAUUUAUUAAAGUUAUUUAUUUGUCUUAUGAAUUCCA